CAAAAACCUGUCGUCACGAAGCCAAGGCCAUUUGUAAAAUGGCUGCUGCCAGAAAGUGUUUUCUCGUCACUGGUCCUCCGGGAGUCGGCAAAACAACUCUUAUAAUUCGUGUUCUCGAGUCCCUCCAACAAUUGAAUCCCAGCUUCAAAUUUCAGGGGUUUUAUACUCGUGAGGUUAGAGAAGGGACCCAAAGGGCAGGGUUUGAAGUGGUUACUGUUGGUGGUCGCAAAGGUCCUCUCGCAUCCACUCAUAUUUCUAGUGAAUCUCAGAGAUGGCCCAGUGUGGGAAGGUACAAAAUAGACCUCUCAUCAUUUGAAUCAUUGGUUUUACCUGAGUUGCAGGUUCAAGGGGAUACCAAUCUUUUCAUUAUCGAUGAAGUUGGUAAAAUGGAACUUCUCAGUUCGUCAUUCUUCCCUGCUGUGUUAAGGGUUCUGGAUUCAAAUAUCCCUCUUUUGGCUACAAUCCCUAUUCCAAAAUCUGGCAGAGAUAUUCCUGAAGUUGGAAUUUUGAAAAAUCAUCCAGAUGCUACUGUCUAUUUGCUAAACACAACAUGGGCUCAUAAACGCACGCCUUUGGCCAAUUUGACUCGAUGGAGAGAUGAACUCGUGGCCCUUUUCAUUGUGCAAACAAGAUUGGUUGGAUUGUCUCGGUCUUGGCGUUUGUCAGAGAAUUGCCAAAGCACCUCACCGGGAGCAGUGGAUCCAACCAACGGCAAUAGUAGGCGGCAAAUUCGAAGCGCUCUGGCUCAUCGUCCACCACUUACGAAGCAAAAGGACGUCAUCGAAGCUACUGUAAUAUUUGUGCCUUUCACCUCCAAGAAAACCUCAGGGAAGUAG